CCUUUCUUCAAAUCCGUUGCCUUGUCCGCCGUCCUUCUCUCUCUCUGUUUCGGGAGCAGGACAGACUUCCCACUUCACACCAACAUGCUGUCAGUACGCGUCGCAGCGGCUCUCGCCCGCAGUCUGCCUCGACGGGCUGGAUUUGUAUCCAAGAACGUUGCAGCAGCAUGUGUAGGAGUCAAGAAUCUACACACCACCAGUCCAUGGCUGGCGAAAACAGGCACGGCCGAGGUGUCGUCCAUUCUGGAGGAAAAGAUCUUGGGCGCUGACCACAACGCCGACUUGCAGGAGACCGGCCGCGUGCUGUCCAUCGGUGACGGUAUCGCCAGAGUGUACGGCCUGAGGAACGUGCAGGCUGAGGAGAUGGUGGAGUUCUCCUCUGGGCUGAAGGGCAUGUCUCUGAACUUGGAGCCCGACAACGUUGGUGUUGUGGUGUUUGGUAACGACAAGCUGAUCAAGGAAGGCGACGUUGUCAAGAGAACCGGCGCCAUUGUAGAUGUGCCCGUUGGUCUGGAGCUCCUGGGCCGUGUGGUCGAUGCUCUGGGAAACGCUAUUGAUGGAAAGGGUCCCCUUGGCUCCAGCAUCCGCAGACGCGUGGGUCUGAAGGCCCCGGGUAUCAUCCCCCGUAUCUCUGUUAGGGAGCCAAUGCAGACUGGCAUCAAAGCCGUGGACAGUUUGGUCCCCAUCGGCCGUGGUCAGCGUGAGCUCAUCAUUGGAGACAGGCAGACUGGCAAAACCGCGAUUGCCAUCGACACGAUCAUCAACCAGAAGCGCUUCAAUGAAGGAACUGACGAGAAGAAGAAGCUGUAUUGCAUCUACGUAGCUAUCGGCCAGAAGAGAUCCACAGUGGCUCAGCUCGUGAAGAGGCUGACUGACGCAGACGCGAUGAAGUACACCAUUGUGGUGUCUGCUACGGCCUCCGAUGCCGCUCCGCUGCAGUACCUGGCUCCCUACUCUGGCUGCUCCAUGGGAGAGUUCUUCAGAGACAACGGCAAGCACGCCCUGAUCAUCUACGACGAUCUGUCUAAGCAGGCCGUCGCCUACCGCCAGAUGUCCCUGCUGCUCCGUCGUCCUCCCGGUCGCGAGGCCUACCCAGGAGACGUCUUCUACUUGCAUUCCCGUCUGCUGGAGAGAGCCGCCAAGAUGAACGAGAACUUUGGCGGCGGCUCCCUCACUGCCCUUCCCGUUAUCGAGACCCAGGCGGGUGACGUGUCCGCCUACAUUCCAACUAAUGUCAUCUCCAUCACAGAUGGACAGAUCUUCUUGGAGACUGAGCUGUUCUACAAAGGUAUUCGUCCGGCCAUCAACGUCGGUCUGUCUGUGUCACGUGUCGGCUCGGCUGCCCAGACCAAGGCCAUGAAGCAGGUGGCUGGUACCAUGAAGCUGGAGCUGGCCCAGUACCGUGAGGUGGCUGCCUUCGCUCAGUUUGGUUCUGAUCUGGACGCUGCCACUCAGCAGCUGCUGAAUCGUGGUGUUCGUCUAACUGAGCUCCUUAAACAGGGACAGUACUGUCCAAUGGCCAUUGAGGAACAGGUAACAGUCAUUUAUGCUGGCGUGAGGGGACACCUGGACAAAAUGGAGCCUAGCAAGAUCACCAAGUUUGAGAAGGCCUUCCUGCAGCACGUAUUGAGCCAGCACCAAGACCUGCUGUCGGCUAUUAGGGCUGAUGGACAAAUCUCUCCGGCGUCCGAUGCAAAACUCAAGCAAAUUGUGUUGACUUUCCUCUCCACCUUUGAGUAAAAGUGAUGCCGUUUGUUCUGGUGGUUUUCAUGUUCAUGUAGUGCAACAGUCAAUUAUACUUUCUAUGAACUUAAAAAAUCGAGUGCAAAGGGGCACUUGAUCUUUAAUGUACAGAUAUCUCUUAACAACAAGAAUAAAGUAUUCCAUCUAGUUGA